GUGCGCCUGCGCACAUCAGAGGCGCGUACACAGCAGCUAUUGUUAGCUGCAGGUUUCCUCGCACUUGAUCCCCGGCUACCUGUUGCCUCUUUGCCGGUGUUAUUUGCUCCAAAAACACGCUGUCCAGGAACCAGUCGCGGCCAGGUGAGGGAAGAGAAAAGUGUCGCCGGUGGGAAGGAAGAAAGAAAGAAAGAAGGAAAGAAGAAGCGCUCGACGCGGAAAGGAGGAAGUAAAUAAGAGCGAGGAAGAUUGUUGUUCUUCAACAAGUUCCAAUGUUUUAGCGGCGCUGACAAGCAAACGACGACAAGAAAAUGCCGCUGGGUCCGUGGAGGAAGAAAAACAAGUCGACCAAGGAGCACCUGGUGGACAACGAGGAGGUCGGCGGCGGUCACGCAGGUGCCGGGGGUUCGCUCACUAAGUCAGCCGUCAAUGGCGCCGGUCUGCCGCCUCCGCCCGCCAACCUGCGGCCCAAACUGGUCUUCCACACGCAGCUGGCCCACGGAAGCCCCACGGGCAGGAUCGAGGGCUUCGGCAACGUCAAGGAGCUCUAUGCCAAGAUAGCAGACGCCUUCGAGAUCAGCCCACUGGAGAUCCUCUUCUGCACACUCAACACUCACAAAAUUGACAUGGACAAGCUGCUCGGGGGGCAGAUUGGCCUGGAGGACUUCAUCUUCGCCCACAUCAAAGGGAUCAAGAAGGAGGUGGAAGUGUUUAAGUCGGAGGACGCCCUCGGCCUCACCAUCACCGACAACGGAUCGGGAUACGCCUUCAUCAAGCGCAUCAAGGAGGCCAGCGUUGUGGACAAGGUGAAGUUGAUCUGCGUGGGCGACCACAUCGAGUGCAUCAACGGCCGCAACAUCGUGGGAACACGGCACUAUGAGGUGGCCCGCAUGCUCAAAGAGCUACCCAAGGACAAGACCUUCACCCUCAAAUUGGUGGAGCCCAUGAAGGCCUUUGAAAUGCUAGAGCCCAGGUCCAAAGGGGCCAAGCCCAGCAAUGACAACAAGGUCGGAAACGGCAAGGGAACGCUGAGACUUCGCUCCAAGGGACCAGCGACAGUAGAAGACGAGCCAACAGAGUUUGAAGAGAAAGCAGUAAAGAAGGUGGAUGACCUCCUGGAGAGCUACAUGGGCAUCCGAGACACAGAACUUGCUGCAACAAUGGUGGAGGUGGGCCGCGACAAGAAAAACCCAGACGAGUUCGCCAUGGCGCUGGACGAGACUCUUGGGGACUUUGCCUUUCCGGACGAGUUUGUCUUUGACGUGUGGGGCGCCAUCGGAGACGCUAAGCAGGGAAGGUUCUAGGUGGGCCCCACAAACACACACCUCAUCUUUUUAUCGCAAUGCACCUUUUUUUUUUUUUUUUUUUUUUAAUCCUGGAAGAAGGAGAGAGAGACAAAUCUUGUUGCUGGUCGAGACUGGCGAAGGUCUGUGACACGUGCACCGUACUUCAUCUUUGAGGGCAUUUUUUUUAAUCAUAGCUGUGUCAUUCUCAUUGCAAACAUCACGCAGCUUUGUGUGUUUUUUUUUUAUAUAUAUAUAAAGUGCAAAAUUAUAACGCAGUCAUUUUAGGAGCAACUUCACGAUAACUAACGACUCCUUACUCGUCACAAAGUAGAUUUAAAUGCCUUCGCACAGCUGGACUUUACAGUCAUCUUUCUUCUUCACGUAACUUAUUUUGUCGUAAAUAAUCUGCCAUAAUACACUGAAAUGACUGGAAUGUGAUAAGCUCCUAGCCAGACUCAAGUAAACAUAAGACCAAACUUAUUCAUACUAUGGACUUUUUUUUUUUUUAACUGUUUUUUACGGAUUUCUUUUAGCGGGAAAUGACACAAGUAAAUAGUUCAUUAAUGAUCCAUCUUUUUGCUAAAAGCAAUACAAAUACAUGAUUUAAUAUCUGAUAUUAAAUCUCAUUAACAUAUUUUUUGGACAUACCGGUUUUGAGAGCAUAUGAGUUCUUUAGAUACAUUAGCAGUACAAUCAAUGUUUAAGUAAAAAUUUUAAAGUGUAAAAAGAGCUAUAAUAAGAGUAAAAAUAAUCCCCCUUUAAAGAUGUGAUUAAUAGGGUGGGAAAAGGUGUGUGUUGAGUGAUACGGUUUUUUAAGGUACUGCUGAAUUUAAUUGAUUUUUACGUCUGGUAUAAUUGGAAUAUGGUCUAUGGUUAUCAUCACACUUACCUUCUUUGUUAUCAACGGUACUCCUCUGUGGUGCAUAUUGUAAGAUACUACAAUUUAAAAAAAGGAAACACUAAUACUGUAAUAAUUCGAUUAGGCUGACAUGCAUGUCUCCUGUUUUAGCAAUAUUUACAUAGGUUUGAUUUUAGAGGCUUUUAAAAAAAUGUUUUAUUUCGCCUGUCAUUUUCAGCUGACGAUGCACUUUAGCUCCACAUGUGUCCUAGCUGGAUUGUAAUAAUUUUGGGUUUGAGUUUCAACUCUUUUGUGUGUUCCGCUGUUGUGUUGGCACACGUGGCAAUAAGGGAUUCGCCACCGAUGUUGGGACAAUAAACUUUGAUAUAAUCCA